CUACUCUCACUUUUUGUCUGUCUCAAAGACAUUUCAGAUAUUAACUAAAUUCAUACGCUACAAUCCAGUUUGAAAUUCACCUGUUUGAUGUUUACUAUGGAAACGCUACAGUGUCGCUUCUGAGGAAAACAGUGCAGGAUUACAAGAAUAAGAGUUUCAGGUUUUCGAGGAGUGUUUUACAAGUCUGAAACAUCUGGAGAUUGAAAGGAAAGGACUGAGCCACUGUGGUUCACCAGAACUAUUCUGCUAACCUUUCAGCUGCGAAGAGCUCACUUCAGGAUCUGCCUGUCCUGGUGGGUCACUCAGCCGGACUGAUGUGGAAUGCAACCCUUUAUGACCCCAUCCCAUGGGCCUCUAUUCAAUGAACCGGACUCGGGAGAGAGCAGAUAAUAGAGGCAAGAGGCCGGCACACAAAAAGAGUGAAGUAACAGCAGCAGGAGUGUUCAGACUGGUAAGAAAGUUAAAGGGGUCAUUGAAGGUGGGAAAACAGAGCUUAAAAUACAAAGGAGAAGGGAUAAAGAGACCAGUAACUACAAAAGUCUUUCUUGGGACUGCAAGACAUUCUUGAUCACAAAGAAAGCUUUGACCCUUAGUCAUUUCACCUCUCAAAUUAAUCCCACUGCUACCCAUCAUGCCAGUGGAGACCCUCCGUCCUACAGAUGGCCGUCUUACUGGGGGUCCCUUCACCUCUGCCAUGCCUUUCCGUAUCCUCAAUAAAGGCCCUGACUACUUCCGCAGAGCGCCUGAGACAGGAACACGGAAGCUGAGUGCAGUUGAGCGCCUGGAAGCGGACAAGGCCAAGUAUGUAAAGAGUCAGCAAGUUGCACUCACUAGACAAGAACCUGUAAAACCCCCAAUCAUCCGCAAACCACUGUUAUCACCAAGCAUGAUGAUGCAAUGCAGAAUAAACACUCCACCAGCGAGGAAGAUUACCCGGCGGCUACUUGAGGCAGAGAACGGACCGGACCAUGGCAUAAGCAGAGGACCACAACUCAACCUGGAAGUACUGAAUAAUCUAAUCAAUGUCUGCGAUGGGCCACUUGCAUCCUCCCCUACCCCUUCCUCUCCUUCUCCCUCAGGAUCCUCUCCCUCUUCUGGAGGUCACAGUGUUGGUAGUGGACAAUCUGCAGAACCUCAGCACUAUUCCAACUUCAAAACACGCCUUGCCUCAACGCCCAACUCCUCUCGCACCUCAUCUCCUCUUAACAAUCAAUCCUUACCUGCAGAACCCAGCCGAAGGCCGCCUCCGGUCCCAGCCAGAGCUCCCAGAUUGGUCCCACAAGGUAGUUACGGACCGCCCAACUCUGUAACUGUGCGGCGAGUGGAUGUGCGGCCACAGGCUGAGGUCAGAAAACCUAAAAGACUGCCUCUACAACUUAAACCUAGACAAACCCAAGCAGCACAACCCCAGAUAGCCCAGCCACAGGCGCCUUCCACACCUCCUGCUCAGCUGCAACCUUCGGCAGCACACCCUCCAUCCCCCUUCAUACCCACCAGCCCGCUGUUUCUGCGACCUGGCAUUCUACCCCCGGCUUCCCCCGCUUUCACCCGCCUUUCUUCAGCCAGCUCUCGAGGGUCACGUCCAGGUUCAAGCCGGAAGCACCCCUCCCUCCAUCGGUCCAAGUCAGACUUGAGCGACCGCUACUCUCGGGCUACAGCUGACCUGGAGCGUUUCUUCAACUACUGUGGGCUGGACCCAGGUGAGGUGGAAGGAAUGGGUGGCGUGGAGCGUUUCGCCCGGGCCAAUUCGGACAUUGUUUCAGUCUCCAAGCUCCGCAGCGUCAGUACGUCUAGCUCAGAGUGCAGGGAUGGUGGGGAUGGACUGCAAGGGGAAGAGGAAGACGACGAUGGGCCCAUCAAGCCCAGUGAGCGGGUUCCUUACGGCAUCUCAGUCAUCGAGAGGAAUGCACGCGUCAUUAAGUGGCUCUACGGUAUCCGACAAGCACGGGAUGCCACACAAAACAUCUCCAAUGUCUAGGAGUUUCUCUCUGGCUGUCUACCAACCCAGGACUACCAGACAUAGACAAUAUAAAUGGAACAGAGACUUGUUAUAGCAUCCAGUUGAUGUCUAUCACACACCUAAUAUUUAUUACGCUCUUGUUUGAAGGCUCUUUGUAUUUGCCUUACUAAAAGGAUAAUGUUCAUGAUGUUUGUUACAUAGAAUUUACAUGGACAUCCUGUUGUUUUUCGAGUGUCUGAUACAUCCGUACAUCCAAAUGCGGAAUACUACAGACUCUCAGCACUGUGACUUUGAUACAUUUUGAUUUUAAGCAAUAAGACUAAUGCUAAAGGCACUAAAAGUGAUUGAAUGGAUGAGGAUAUGAAUGAAGAAGGUAGCAGUCGAUCUGCUGUGCUGGUGCUGUUCAGGUACAAAGUCUUUAUUAAACAGCAGUACUGUGGUACCUGUGGCCUAAGCUAAUUCCUCUAGGAACCUUUGUUUAUAGUAUUGGAAAUGAAGCAGGUACUUUCUAGUUUUAGAAAUCUUUGCAUUGGUCAAGAAUUGAAGAAUGGUUGAAGCUAUUUAGGACGCUUGUGUUUAUGAGGUCAUCAUUUGGUGUCGAUUGUAGUAAGACCUCAGGGAUAUGUUUAAUAAGCCACAACUAGAACAGACACUGCAUAGUCCUACCAGUUCACGCAUAUAGAAACUGAGAUUCACACAAACCCCUGCUCGCUGUUCACACACUUUUGCUCCAUAGGUGUCAAAUUCACAAGUGCGUCAGAUGUUUGGUGUAGAUGUUUUUGAAGGCAAGACUAUGAUACUGUGAAGAAUUCAGAGCUUCCACAGAGGCACUGCUCCUCUGCAAACAUGGCUGAUAGACUGUUAUUGUUGAAUAUAAGUUUUGUCAUUCAAAAUAUAAGCAUGUGAGAGCCUCUUGUCAGCAUGCACAUGUGGAUGUACAGCUGUAUUAUGUGGCAAAGCACAGUAGCACGAUGUGCACUCCAACAUGCAUUCCAAAACAUGGACAUACAUUCCAUUCAUCUUAAUGUUUAUGUAUGAUUUGUGUGGGUUUUGUUUGUUUGUGACUGUUCCUUCUGCCUGUUUCUAUGUUUUGGAGAGGUUAUGUUGUGUAAGACAGGUAAAGUGUGAGAACGGACAGAACUGAAAGUGUGUGUUUGGCUCAAUACUCUCAGUGGAAUCAAAGCUGUUAACUCUGUUAACUGAGUUUUUCCAUUUUAAAGUAAAAAGAGUAAGCCUUACAAAUUAUUUUGAUGGAAUUAGAUUGAAUAUGUGCACAUAGACAAGUCAUGAGGCUACACAAAUGUUUACUUUUGGUUGACAGCUUUUGCUUUAUUAAAAGCAUAAUAAUCAAGAUUAUUUUUUUCAUUGAAUUGUGCAAUCUAAAUAUAG